AAUAAAAAAAGGGCUAGAAAUCUAGUAAAUAUAAUCAUGGGCCUUCCGAGUUUCUCGUAGAAAUGGGCUGUAUACCAAUUUCAAGAUCCGAAUAUAAGUGGGCCUAACCCGGCCCAAACCCGGAGGUUGUCCAUAUAAAUACAGCGCAUAGUUAUCCGUUUCAAAUUUUGAGGUGGCACUUGAAAACUCGAAGCUUACACUCGCUCUGUUCAACCGCAAGAAACGAUUUCCAGGUGGUAAUGAUCAUAAAGAGUAUUUUCAGGAGAUACGAGAGGUGGAAUCCAGUUCAUCCGACAUACGGAGCCUUUUGGGGCAUUGGAGUAGGGAUUGGUUGUGGCGUAGGAUGGGGCCCUGGCUUUGGACCUGAGGUAAUCGGUUAUGUUGGAGCCGGCUGUGGUGCUGGAUUUAGUGUUGGGAUUACUUUGCUCGGUUUUGGCAUUGGUCUUCCAGCCAAUUAUCUUUUAGAAGUCCCUCAUAGUGCUUUUACUGUCACGAGAAGAGGUGCAUUGGACGUUGCUCGAGCUGGACUUCUACUUGGGAAGAGAAGUCGUGCAGGAGAUGGCUUUGGUGACAUUAUACCUCACAUGUCCGACGUAGAACAAAGUGCAUCUACAUCUUUUCCCGGCUUCAAGAUGGGAAGUUGGACAGAGAACAUAGUAGAUUUGGCUGACGUUAAAAGUAUGUUGGUUUCCAACACUAAACAUAUCAGAGAUCGUUUAGGAAGAGUCAGUGGCACCUUCUUUCCUCGGGUUAGAGGUUCAAAGAGUUGACAGCAGCAUGGAGGUUCGAAGAUAACUCUUUUGAGACUGAUUCGAUGGCUUAAAUCCAUUUCCGUAUAGCUUCCUACCGGCGAUUCUUUCUGUAAGUAUGAGAAGAAAAGCCCUUCUCCAAUUCUUGGAUCUUGUUGAAUCAUAGGGCUUCUGUAGCUGAUGUUAUUGCAGUGAGCCCCUUUAUAAAAUCAUGCAGAAAGUUAAAAUCA